GCCGAGAGCCGAGCGCCAACCCGCGAGCGCCCGAGCUCCAGCGUGCUGCCCCGGUCGCCGCCCGCCAUGGCCCGCGCUGCCCUGUUCCUCGCCAAGCUGUCCACGCUCCUCGCCGCCGCCACUGCAGGCGGAGAUGUCCCGCCCGGCAAAAUCGCGGUGGUUGGUGCUGGGAUCGGGGGCUCUGCUGUGGCCCAUUUCCUCCAGCAGCACUUUGGACCCCGAGUGCAGAUCGACGUGUACGAGAAGGGAACUGUGGGUGGCCGCCUGGCCACCAUCUCAGUCAACAAGCAGCACUACGAGAGCGGAGCAGCCUCCUUCCACUCCUUGAGCCUGCACAUGCAGGAUUUCGUCAAGCUACUGGGGCUGAGGCACCGUCGUGAGGUGGUGGGCAGGAGUGCCAUCUUCGGCGGAGAGCAUUUCGUCCUGGAGGAGACUGACUGGUACCUGCUGAACCUCUUCCGCCUGUGGUGGCACUAUGGCAUCAGUUUCCUGAGACUGCAGAUGUGGGUGGAGGAGGUCAUGGAGAAAUUCAUGAGGAUCUACAAGUACCAGGCCCAUGGCUAUGCCUUUUCGGGUGUUGAGGAGCUGCUGUACUCACUAGGAGAGUCUGCCUUUGUCAACAUGACCCAGCGCUCUGUGGCCGAGUCCCUGCUUCAGGUGGGCGUCACCCAGCGCUUUAUUGACGAUGUUGUCUCUGCGGUCCUCCGGGCCAGCUAUGGACAGUCAGCAGCCAUGCCCGCCUUUGCUGGAGCCAUGUCACUAGCAGGUGCCCAAGGCAGCCUGUGGUCAGUGGAAGGAGGCAACAAGCUGGUGUGUUCUGGUUUGCUGAAGCUCACCAAGGCCAAUGUGAUCCAUGCCACAGUGACCUCUGUGACCCUGCACAGUACAGAAGGAAAAGCCUUGUACCAGGUGGGGUACGAGAGUGAACUGGGCAGUGGAUCCGACUUCUACGACAUCGUGGUCAUCGCCACCCCGCUGCACCUGGACAACAGCAGCAGCAACUUCACCUUUGAAGGCUUCAACCCACCCAUUGAUGAUGUCCAGGGCUCCUUUCAGCCCACUGUCGUCUCCUUGGUCCAUGGCUACCUCAACUCUUCCUACUUCGGCUUCCCUGACCCAAAGCUUUUCCCCUUUGCUAACAUCCUUACCACAGAUUUCCCCAACUUCUUCUGCACUCUGGAUAACAUCUGCCCCGUCAACAUCUCCUCUAGCUUCCGGAGGAAGCAGCCUCAGGAGGCAGCUGUUUGGCGAGUUCAAUCUCCCAAGCCUCUCUUUCGGACCCAGCUGAAGACCCUCUUCCUUUCCUAUUACUCAGUCCAGACAGCUGAGUGGCAAGCGCACCCCCUCUAUGGCUCCCGCACCACCCUCCCAAGGUUCGCACUCCAUGACCAACUCUUCUACCUCAACGCCCUGGAGUGGGCGGCCAGCUCUGUGGAGGUGAUGGCUGUAGCUGCAAAGAAUGUGGCCUUGCUGGCUUACAACCGCUGGUACCAGGACCUGGAUAAGAUUGACCAGAAGGAUUUAAUGCACAAGGUCAAGACUGAGCUGUGAGGACCCCAGGGAGAGCCCGGGAACUUCUGCACCACAGUGAAGAUGGUCACACCCACGGCAGCCCAGGACCGACAGCCACAUUCCCUGACAAGCUGCUCUUUUGACCCCUUAUGUAUUUUUUCCCUCCAGUGUGGGUCCAGGUGAUCCACCACCUGCUAUCUAUCUUAAGGACCUUUACAGUUUUGAGGGAGAGGAUAACAAAAGGGAAGGGAAUUCAAGCCAGUGUACUUGUCUUAUUUAUUUAUUAUUUUUUAAGGAGAAAUAAAAAACCAUCUUCUCAAGCUGCUUCUAACUUGGUUUUCUAGCUAGGAACCAGGAUGACUAUGGAAUAUAAGGCAGAAAACUCUUGAGUAUGAAUUUUUUUAAUUCCACUACCUACUCCCAAAAUGUACAAUCAUUUGAGGCAACCUACAGUAAAACAUUUACAACCCAGUAGUUACUAGAGAAUAGAAGGGAAGAUCAGAAAACCUAAGAAAUUAUAAUAGCUCCUGUUUGCUCUGGGCCUGAUGGAUGGGAAGUACCUAGUUCAGAAUUUUCUUAGAUACCAUCUCCAAGCCUCUCAACAACACUGUACAUUGUAGGAGAUGGCUGGUAGGACCUGAAGAAGAGAUGUUUACCCCAGCACUGCCAUUGGUAUAGCUCUGAGCUUCCUGGCAACCAGUGCGAAAAGAAACAAACUAAGCUACAGGAAGAGGGAAGCUUUUCCUUGGUAUCUGUAGGAACUGAGCAUUCUGGUUUUUAUGCAAGGGUUCAAGGGUAUUAUGACAUCUGUCUUGCAAAGAAGAGAAGUCCUCAGAUGGUGGAGGGCAGAUAUUCCUCACUCCCAAACCUUCAUCUCAGCAGAGGAAAAGAAGAAAAGAAGGUUAUAGGACAGAGUUGUUCAGAGAUUAAUCUGGUACUUUCCCCUCUAACUUCAGAGGACAGGACAAUUGUGCUUUGCCUUUUCUACAAAUCAGUAGAGUUUUGUGUGGUUGUU